CAGUGUGACAGGCGGAUCUGAGUCCCUGCCAUGGACCCGCAGAAAGAGGCGCGAACACCCGGGGACCCGGUCGCGCGGCCGCCGGCCUCGAGGUCUCCGACGCCUAUCGAGGAGGAGCGGUGGGAGGGCGGCGCAGGGCCGGCGGCGGCUGCCCUGGAGGAGGAGGCGGACCGGGCCAGUGCCGACGGGCUGUGGGAGCUGCCGGUGGAGCCAGCCGAGCGCAGGCCCGAGUGCAGCCGCUGCAGCCGGCCUCAGAAAGUGUGUUUAUGUCCAUUUCUACCAGUGCAUCCUCUGCACAUCUCUACCCACUUGUACAUAAUUCAGCAUCCAGCAGAGGAAAGCAAAGUGUUGCGGACAGUUCCUCUACUGGCAGCAUGCCUCCCCCGGGACAGGUGUAAAGUCAAGAUUGGUCGUCGUUUUAGUGAAGAAAGAGAUCCUGAACUUUCAACUGUUUGUCGGAAGUCUGGUACAUUAAUAUUAUAUCCAGGGGCUGAAGCUGCUAAUUUGGAAGAUUUUAUAUUAGAUUCUCCUAUUUAUCCUUCCACAAUUAUCAUCAUCGAUGGUACAUGGAGCCAGGCUAAGGACAUUUUCUAUAAGAAUUCCUUGUUCCGACUGCCCAAACAGGUGCAAUUAAAAACGAGCAUUUCUAGUCAGUAUGUAAUUCGGACACAACCAACUAAUAGGUGCCUGUCCACCCUGGAGUGUGCGGCUGUUGCUCUUUCCAUCUUAGAGAAAAAUAGUUACAUACAAGAGACUUUGCUUCGGCCUCUUCAAGCUUUAUGCUCUUUCCAGCUUCAGCAUGGUGCUCAAAUUCGCCUCAGCAAGGAACACCUUCUGAAAAAUGGACUAUAUCCUAAGCCAAUGCCAAAGAACAAACGCAAACUCCGGAAAAUGGAGCUGUUAAUGAACAGUGUUAAAAUUUAGCACAUGUGUUCUUUCGGGGCUGUUUAUGGUGUCUUCCACCAACAGUACCAGGUUAGGUUUUCAUACAACUUAAAUCUGUAGGUUUUCUGACUGUUUAAAGAAUGAGGGUUGCAUAAGAAGGACGUAAAUCAAAUAGCCAUAAAAGCAAACAAACAAAAAUUAUACCGACUCAGUAAAAAGCAAGAUUUUAUACUGUAUUUACUUUUAAAAAUGUGCCUCUAAUACAUUUUUUUUCAAAUCCAUAAUAUCAAAUGGGGUUAGUUUUUGAGCUGGGUUAGAAGUGCUUAUUUUAAAAUGGAAGGAAAUUGUUGUGCCUGUUUGGGACAGUAAUG